GGUGGACAUGCGGGUAUUUCAAGAACUUUUCACCGUCUUUCCUCUAAUUUUUAUUGGUCAGGGAUGCGCAAUGAUGUCAAAGAAUUUGUUCUAACCUGUCAAAUAUGUCAACAAAUGAAGGAUACCUGUUCUAAGCCUGCUGGUCUUCUUCUUCCCCUUCCCAUUCCAUUUACUAUUUUUUAGGACAUUUUGAUGGACUUCGUAACUGGUCUUCCACCUUCUUAUGGUCACACUGUUAUACUAGUCAUUGUAGAUAGACUCUCAAAGUAUGGACAUUUUAUUGCUCUGCCAACAAAGUUUACAAGUCAUAAGAUUGCAGAGGUGUUUGUGCAGGAGUAUAUCCGACUCCAUAGCUUUUCUUCCAUGAUUGUAUCUGAUCGUGAUCCCAUCUUUUUGUCUGAAUUCUGGGCUGAAAUUAAUCGGUUACAAGGGACUCAAUUGGCUAAAAGUUCAGCCUAUCACCCUUAAUCAGACGGUCAAACGGAGGCUCUUAACAAAUGCUUGGAGAUGUAUCUCCGCUGCUUUGCAGCUGAUACUCCUUCCAGGUGGUUUCAUCUUCUUCCAUGUGCGGAGUUUUGGUAUAACAUCUCUUACCAACACAACUCUAAGGUAACUCCUUUUGAGGUGGUGUAUGGUCGUUCUCCCCCGAUAAUUGAUCGAUAUAUUAUGGAUGGCAACACUCCACCAGCUGUGGCUGAUUCACUUAGGCAACGUGAUGAUACUUUGGCACUGCUGAAGUCUAAUUUGCAGUUUGCUCAGGCUCGUAUGAAGAGAUACGCUGACAAAGGCCGCAAGGAUGUGGCAUUUCAGGUUGGCGAUUGGGUCUUUGUUUGCUUGCGUCCCUGCAGACAACUUUCUCUCCGCCUCCAACGUCAUACCAAACUCAGUCGGCGAUUCUUUGGGCCAUUUCAGAUGUUUGGGUACUCCGGACCAACAAGUCACUCCUAUUGAUCUCCUUGAUCAUUCUUCUUCACUCAUGCUCUCCCUGGAAUCAAUUCUAGACAGCCGCACCAUUACUAGAGGCGCACAUCAGGUGCUGCAAUUUUUCAUCAAGUGGCAGGGGCUACCUCUUGAGGACGCUACUUGGGAGGAUUCUCACUCUCUCCGUCAAAGGUUCCCUGACUUCAACUUUGAGGACAAGGUUCAUCUUCCUGAAGGCGGCAAUGUAACAAAUCUGCAAGACCACGGGGCAACACUGCGCCGCAGCAACAGGGACAAACAGCCCCCUAAAUACUUGGACCAAUAUGUGGUCCCAAAUGCCAAGCAAGGGCCAGCUGUGCCAGUACCAGUAGCACCAGCAGCACCGGGCAGUGCUGCCAGGAGCUCUGCAACAUAACUUAUCUAUAUAAUCAAAAGGGAUGCUACCAAAGAGGAUCAUGGAUGAAGUUGUCUUUUAAUUUCUUAGCUUGUAAUAGUCUGGAAUCUGCCUCCAUUCUUGUUUUUUUUCCUUUUUAGCUUGUCUACAGCUUUCAGUAAUUGUAAGUUGUUCUCUAUCUUUCAAUACAAGUUAGUUUGUUCCAA